GCGUGGGCACGCGCUCCGGAGGCUGCAGGCGCCAUGGGCAGAGUCAGGAACCGCGCUCAGCAGCGGAGGCGAAAGCGGCCCGGGGAUCCUCCCGCCGCCUGCGCGGCCGUCGCAGUCAUGGGCGCCAGCCGCGCGCAGUGCCCCCGUGUCAGAUUCGGGGUCGUGAGUCACUUGGCGGCCAGGAGGUGGCUGGGAAGGUCGCGGCGGAGGCGCCGGUGGCGUCGGGUCAGAGAGAAGCGCCCCAGAGAACCGGUGCCCUCCACGCCGCCCCCGGACCCGCCGGCGCCAGCCGAGUCCCCCCAGGACCUGGACCUGGGCACGCAGCGGGAGCGCUGGGAGAAGUUCAGGAAGCUGUGGGGUCUCAGCUGCGAGGGCGCCGCCAAGGUCCUGCUGGACACCUUCGAGUACCCGGGCCUCGUCCAUCACACCGGGGGCUGCCACUGCGGCGCGGUCCGCUUUGCGGUCUGGGCCCCCGCGGAUCUGCGCGUCGUGGAUUGCAGCUGCAGGCUGUGCAGGAAGAAGCAGCACCGCCACUUCCUCGUCCCGGCCUCGCGCUUCACGCUGCUCCAGGGCGCGGACAGCAUCGUCACCUACCGCUCCAACACGCACCCGGCGCUGCACAGCUUCUGCAGCAGGUGCGGGGUGCAGAGCUUCCACGCCGCCGUCUCCGACCCCCGCGUCUACGGCGUCGCCCCGCACUGCCUGGACGAGGGCACCGUGCGCAGCGUGGUCAUCGAGGAGGUCGGCGGGGGCGACCCGGAGAAGGAGGACGCCGAGGAGCGCAAGGCCAUCCCCAAGACGUCCUCCCAGUCAGCCCCUGCCUGUCCCCGCGAACAGCAACAGUGACUGUCCGCGCAGAGAGGAACAGCGCAAGCACGCCCGAAACCGGCCGGCCGGGCGGCCCUGCGCGGAGCCUCCGGCUACCUGCACAGAUCACACGCUGUGAGCGAGGUGUUUCUGGCCUGGUCAAACCGUGGUUUCCCUUCCAGGGCUUGCCCUUCCCCUCCGCUAGUUUUCAGUGAACUCGCUGACGUUCCAAACCUUGAACACAACUUUAAUCUUGUGUACAACAUUAACCUUGCAAUCCCAUUAGCAAGAAGAGUGUCUCUGCUUUUUCCAGCCAUCCGUUGAUUGUAUCUCUCGCUUUUACUGUUCUGCGUACGGUUGUCACAAAUCACCUGCCGAUGAUUCCCGCGUACUGUACGUUCCUGGUGCUAUUGUGAACAGGCUUGUUGUUUUCAGCGCUUUGCGUCUGGUGUGUAGGACGGCAACACACAAACCGUUUGUAAACAUGUUGCCAGGACGUCUUCCACUCGUUAUGGUGUGUGUGUGCGCAUGUGGGUGUUUUAGACAAACAUUCACGUUUUCACUACUUAGAUAUUCAGUUAGUGUUUUUAAUAUGAUAUAUUUUAAGAUUCAUUAGUAUUGCAUACCUCAUUGCUCUUACUAAACAAAUGAUGUUAGUGUUUUUCUCUGUUUUGAUUUAGAAACUGUCUCUGGGAAGGGAGAUGGGAGACAGGAAUGAGAAACGUCUAUGUGUUGUAUGCCCUCUUUAAUCUUUCUAAAUACCUAUCUUAUACAUGUGUUAAGUAUUCAUAAAUUAGUAAACAUUUAAUAAAUAGAAAAGUAUGUAUUUCUAUGCUGUAUAUUACAAAAUCAGCUCUAAUUUAUAUGUAAUUCUUCAUAUUUGAAAUUUUUAUCAAACCUCAGUGGUGGGUUCAAUGAUACAUAUCAAUAUUAUCAUUUUAUGGCUUCAUAGAAUUAAAAAUUAUGGAUCUUUCAUAAUUUAUAUAAUCAACCUUCUCUGAUGGAUGUUUAGCUUUUUCCCAACUUUCAGUGUAAUAAUAAUAGCUCAAAGGCGCAAACUUCAAAUAAAUGUCUGCAUUG